AUGGAUCGGACAAUAGCGCGUGCGGUCACCGAUAAGAAGCCGGUCCCGGAGAUCGACUUCACGUUACAUACAAUGGGAGGAUGGCACCCAGGUGUCCACGCAGGAACGAAGGUGCAAGCGCCGGCGUUGAACACCCCGUCGGAUGAUCAGUUCUGGUCCCCUGAAGACCCCUCCAAACCGAACCUCCAGUUCCUCAAAAACCACUUCUAUCGCGAAGGCCGCCUGACCGAAGACCAAGCACUAUGGAUUAUACAUGCCGGUACCCAGAUCCUCAAGUCUGAACCCAAUUUGCUGGAGAUGGAUGCUCCCAUCACCGUUUGUGGCGAUGUCCACGGCCAGUAUUAUGACUUGAUGAAGCUCUUUGAAGUGGGCGGGGAUCCCGCCGAGACUCGGUAUCUGUUUCUGGGCGAUUACGUGGAUCGCGGUUACUUUAGCAUUGAGUGCGUGCUCUAUCUCUGGUCCCUGAAGAUCUGGUACCCGAACACUCUCUGGCUGCUGCGGGGCAACCAUGAAUGCCGACAUCUCACGGAUUACUUCACCUUCAAGCUGGAAUGCAAGCACAAAUAUAGCGAGCGCAUCUACGAGGCCUGCAUCGAGUCGUUCUGCUCGUUGCCGUUGGCGGCGGUCAUGAACAAACAGUUCCUGUGCAUCCACGGUGGUCUCAGCCCCGAACUGCACACCCUGGAGGAUAUCAAGGCGAUCGAUCGCUUCCGGGAACCUCCGACGCACGGUCUCAUGUGUGACAUUCUGUGGGCCGAUCCGCUGGAGGAGUUUGGACAGGAGAAAACCGGCGACUACUUUGUCCACAACAGCGUUCGAGGCUGCUCGUAUUUCUUUUCCUACCCGGCGGCCUGCGCGUUCUUGGAGAAGAACAACUUGCUCUCCAUCAUUCGUGCCCACGAGGCGCAGGAUGCGGGAUACCGCAUGUACCGCAAGACGAGAACGACUGGAUUCCCCAGUGUGAUGACUAUCUUCAGUGCACCCAACUAUCUCGACGUGUACAACAACAAGGCGGCCGUGCUGAAAUACGAAAACAAUGUCAUGAACAUUCGCCAAUUCAACUGCACUCCCCACCCCUACUGGCUGCCGAAUUUCAUGGAUGUGUUCACCUGGUCUCUCCCCUUCGUUGGUGAGAAGAUCACUGAUAUGCUCAUCUCCAUCCUCAACACCUGCUCCAAGGAAGAGCUCGAAGAAGAGACCCCCACCUCGGUGUCUCCCCCGGGCCCGUCUCCCACGACGCCCAUGGACGUUGAGAGCACUGAAUUCAAGCGUCGUGCCAUCAAGAACAAGAUCCUUGCCAUUGGCCGUAUCUCGCGUGUGUUCCAGGUCCUGCGUGAAGAGUCGGAACGUGUCACCGAACUCAAGACCGCCGCCGGAGGUCGCCUGCCGGCAGGUACCCUGAUGCUGGGCGCCGAGGGCAUCAAGCAGGCCAUCACGAACUUUGAAGAUGCACGCAAGGUCGAUCUGCAGAAUGAGCGUCUGCCGCCCAGCCAAGAGGAGGUCUACCGUCGGAGCGAGGAAGAAAGACAGGCUGCUUUGGAACGUGCCCAGCGGGAGGCUGAGAACGAUACUGGGUUGGCUACCGUGGCUCGGCGCAUUAGCAUGUCGGCGGGCUCGGGUAAAUCUCGUCGACAGCGGGAUGCCACCCGUGAAGCUCGGGAGGCAUAA